AUGACAACAAAUUCCGCCACCCCGGCCAAAUCAUUCGUGUGCCACCGCUGUAGCCGUGGCUUCGCCCGCCUGGAGCAUCUCCAACGCCAUGAGAGAUCGCACACCAAGGAGAAGCCGUUUCGCUGUCCCCGAUGUCAGAAAGGGUUCACCCGGAAAGAUCUGCUAACCCGACACAUACGCUUAUCACAUCAAUCGCCUCCAGAGACUCGCUCCCAACAGAGCCAUGUACCAUCGAGACCUGAAACGCUCUUGCCAGCGCCGUUGCCUCUGGCGAGUUGGACCGACUAUCAUUCAGGGCCUGGCCCCGUCCUUUCCUCUCAGCCUCAUGUAGUCCCGCCGGCGACGCAAUCUCUCGUGAGCAAUACCAGAGCAGAUCAGCAGCACAUCGACCAGGUCCACCUGUCUGCGCGCUUCUACGGCCACCCAAAUGACGAGAAUUCAAGUCACGGAAGCAAAGAGCCUUUCACCGCGCCGGUUCCGGAUUACUCGAUGAAUCUAGGUCUGGAUGAUGGCGGCUUCGACGCCCUCGAGUCCGCCUAUACACAGGACUUUGCUACGUUCAUGGACAGCGUGCCUAAUCUCACGCAUCCGUUCUCUCCGACCUACCAACCAUUGCCUGUCUUCUUUACAAACCUUGACCUCCCUCUGGCCGGUGUUUUUGACAACACUAACGAUCUCAGAGAUGGCGAAAACUCACGUGAUGAAACGACGGCCACGACCACGAUACAGGCCACGCCUACGUCACUCUCCAAUAUCAGGGCUGCCGACUCGUCCAUCUCGCGUUUUGGCUCUCGGUUGCCGUCCUUGGCUCCUGAGGACAAGCCUCCGCCCACUGGGCCUCACCCACAAGGUCCCACGAGGCUGAACAGUCGCGAUCUGUUCAUCUCAGCCGUCUGUCGACAACACAUAAUUGAUGAACUGGCGACGUUCUCCGGCUGCAUAGAUGGCGACUUUGUCCUUCCAUCCCGACAUGCAUUGUCACGACUGAUAGGUGGAUACUUCAAAAACUUCCAUGCUCAUUAUCCCUUCUUUCACGUUGCCACUUUGCAAAUGGACGGUAUCCAUGUCGAGUUGCUCCUUGCGAUCGCAGCUCUCGGAGCUCGCUACACCAGGGAACCAGAGAUGGGUGUCGAACUGUUCCGUGUCUCAAGAGCGAUAGUCUUGGAACGCUUGCGCCGACGCCAGAAAAGAAAAGCAAACAUGGUCUUGGGCCAAAGAGCGCAAGAUAACUUCACCGUAAACCCUGACUCGAAUUGGAAGGGGGACGAAAGAUUCUGUGUGGUUGAGAUGGUGCAGACUUUACUGCUUUUGAUCGCCAUUGCGUCCUGGUACCGACGCGAGCCAGCAGUCACCGAUGCACUGUCGAUACGCAGUGUGUUGCACUCGCUUAUCCAAGAUGAUGAGAUAUCGCAAACCCAGGAGCAACCGACCGGGGACUGGCAGGAGUGGGUUCGGUUUGAGACCAUCAAAAGAACGCACCUAGUGGUCUUUUGUUUCUUUAAUAUCCACACCAUUCUGUUCGAUCUGCCGCCCAUGAUGCUCGCAAGUGGACUCCGGCUCGACCUUCCCUGCUCCGAGAAAGAGUGGAAGGCAGGCAAUGAGCUAGAUUGGCGUGACGCCCGCGCCGAAUCAAGGUCACCUCGUCAAGAUUUUCAAGACGCAUUUUCGUGCCUCUUUGCAAAUCCGGGCGAAUGGAAUGGCUCGACUCAGAUCGUUGCGCGAGGGUUCUCUGCUCUUGGUGGCUGUGCUCUCAUCCAUGCCAUCAUUCAACACAUUUGGCUCGCACGCAAUGCUCGACUGCCCAUCGUGCAGGGCAGUUCAAGCAGCCUGUCGGACGAGGAAAUGAACGUCUUCGAGCGGGCUCUGAAGCGCUGGGCCAAGUAUUGGGAACGUAAUCAAGAGUCAUCCAUGGAUCCCUUAAGCCCCCACGGCCCCGUGACUUUCACAUCGACUGCACUUCUUCGGCUGGCUUAUAUUCGGCUCAACAUGGAUCUAGGCCCUGUGAGGUCACUCAGCAGCUGGGAUCCGGAAGUGGUUGCCAACUCGUUACACCAAAGUCCAAAAGUCCAACGCAGUGACAAAAUGACGCGAGCAGCGCUCCACUGUGCACAUGCCCUCAGCAUUCCCGUGAAACUUGGGAUUAACUACGUCGCCCAGACGCAACUGAUUCUGUGGUCAAAUCAACAUGCUUUAUGUUCGCUGGAGUGCGCCGUACUGCUCGCAAAGUGGCUUGAAGCGGUCACGGUGCCCGAUUCAAGCCCUGCUCUGACAGCCCCUGAGCAGAGGGUGCUCGAAUUUGUGGUUCAGCUCGUGGCUGAGACUGAGUAUAAAAUGAGCUGUGACCGGAUCCUGACGCAGAAGGCUCGGCUGAGUGGCAUGGUUGUCCGGCUGUGGGCGAAAUUGUAUCAGUCGAGCAGCGUGUGGCAGAUGGUCAACUUGAUUGGAGAGUCCCUCAGCAUCUAUGCUGAUCUUCUGGAGGCUGAGCACAAACGGGACACCCGGCGAUGA